UUUGGACUGACAUCGGAUGCCGGCUUAGCGUAGCUCUCUGCCUUGUGCACAAACACACCCAGCAGCAGUGACACCUACCACACUCCAGGGGACAGAGAGCACAUCGGCUGAACAAAAGCGCAGAGCAGAAAGUCAGCCAGAGAGAGAGACUCCAUUCGGGACUUUCCCCCCUUUCCUUCCCUCGCGAGCCUCGUCUCUGGGAAAUCGACAGAGCGGCGCUUUGUUUUCCAAUCAGUGAAGGAUUAUUCUUCAAGUAACUCCGGUACACCAUGGAGGAUUUGUUUUUCAUUGAACCAGCCCUCUGCUUGCUGUGGGAUUUUUACUUUUUUUGUCGCAAGCCAGCGAUUUUGGGAAAGGAUUUUGGAAGAGCGUAUACCUGUUAAAAGCUGCAGCGUAGCGGUGCCAAACUGUUCGUGAAGAUUUUGGCAGCGGGAGAAACAAAGGUGGAAGUUGCGGAGGAUAAUUAUCCGGUGUUGGAGAGAAUCUACGGUGCCCUGGCGAAAACUGCCUCGCAUUACCUUCUGUUCCUAGAUCCUGAUUCGGCGAAGUGAGGGAGUGGCCGGCUGACCACACACAGGCAGGCUGCUUACCGACUGUUGACUACAUUUUCUGUACAACAGAAAGUAAAUCUGUGUCGUGGCUUCUUUGUGCUGCAGCGUAAGCACACAGUUACCUAACUGGUGUUACUUUCGUGUUUGGCAUUCAGUUUGGCCUGAUAGGCAGGUUUGAUGGAUGUCUGCUUCGCUUACAGGACGCCAGCUACUGUUAUGUUUGACUUUUUUUAAGGACUGGGAGACUGUGGAAUUUACCAUAAAGGAUUGUUUUUAAGAGGCUUAAUUCCAGACACCUGCUCCCUGUUGGUCCUCUUUGCCCCCGUCCCUUAUAGGCAGUCAUUUCUGCUCUCGAGGAUCUGUUUGCCCUUGGCUGCACACAGCCCUCAUUCUUUCAUUACAGCCUCCCCUGGAAUCUCAUGAGCUUAUGCCUUCUUAACGGGGGAGCAGCAGAAAGAAAUAUGAUCCUCUGUUUCGUGGUGUGUUUAAGGCAGCAGCAGCAACAGUGUGUGGUUUCCAUGGAAAAGGCCAGAGGAAUAUGGCACUGAGGGGCUGCUUAAAUGCUCUACCUCUAUGUCUGUGGUCCAAGUGAAAUCGAAGCCGGCUAGCGUAGCUCUGCUAGCUCCUCCCUGGAACUCCUUGUUCAGACUCUUCUCAUGUGUAGCCACAAGGAACGUGCACAGGACUAAAGAGGUCCCCACAUUUCAAGAGCAGACGAAAGCCUUAUUUGGAAAUCUUAUGGACGAAGAAAUGAGUCGCCAGACUGCCACCGCGCUGCCCACAGGAACCUCCAAGUGCCCCCCCUCUCAGCGCGUGCCCACCCUGUCAGGCACCACAGCCUCCAACAGUGACCUGGCCAGCCUGUUCGAGUGUCCUGUCUGCUUCGACUAUGUCCUUCCUCCCAUCCUGCAGUGCCAGUCCGGACACCUGGUAUGCUCCAACUGCCGACCCAAGCUCACCUGCUGCCCCACCUGCCGAGGGCCCCUGGGCUCCAUCAGGAACCUGGCCAUGGAGAAGGUGGCCAACUCGGUCCUCUUCCCCUGCAAGUACGCCUCGUCGGGCUGCGAAGUCACCUUGCCUCACACGGACAAGACGGAGCACGAAGAGCUCUGCGAGUUCCGGCCGUACUCUUGCCCCUGCCCCGGCGCCUCCUGCAAGUGGCAGGGCUCCCUGGACGCUGUCAUGCCUCACCUGAUGCACCAGCACAAGUCCAUCACCACACUGCAGGGGGAGGACAUCGUGUUCCUCGCCACAGACAUCAACCUGCCGGGCGCCGUGGACUGGGUAAUGAUGCAGUCCUGCUUCGGCUUCCACUUCAUGCUGGUGCUGGAGAAGCAGGAGAAGUACGACGGACACCAGCAGUUCUUUGCCAUCGUGCAGCUCAUCGGGACCCGGAAGCAGGCGGAGAACUUCGCCUACCGGCUGGAGCUCAACGGCCACCGGCGCCGGCUGACCUGGGAGGCCACGCCGCGCUCCAUCCACGAGGGCAUCGCCACGGCCAUCAUGAACAGCGACUGCCUGGUGUUCGACACGUCCAUCGCACAGCUGUUCGCCGAGAACGGCAACCUGGGCAUCAACGUCACCAUCUCCAUGUGCUAAGAAACUUUCAAGAGAAGAGGGUCAAAAAGUUACAGAUUGUUAGGGGGCAUCUUUUAGGGGGGUCAAAUCAGUUGUGACCUCACAGCGCCCCUCACCCCUUGAGACAUGGAACUGGACUGUCUGAUUGGGCAGCCGUGGAGGCCCAGGGGGUGAGAUGGAUGGAUGGAUGGAUGGAUGAGUGGAUGAAUGAAUAAACUCAAGGACAUAACUGUGUAGUGAUGGCUAUAGACUUUUAAACACACACACAAACAUAUGCGAGGCUCACGCAGCCUCGCGCUCUACUGGUCUCAAAACACCGCCACAAACUGAGAAGCUGUUCAAAUUCACUUUGUCAAACUCUGGUUUAUUGGCCGUGUGCGUCUCUCCCGGAGCCAUUUCCCACCACUCCUCCUUUAGCGUCCCCUCUCUGUCCUCCCCCCCCCCCCCGUCAGUCACAGACAUUUCAGACACUACAGCUCUUCUCCGGCCUCUGGCUCGGAAAGCUUCGGAGGCUGGUCACCACGGAACGGCUCUGUGCCCCCGGCCGCUGCUCUGAGAGGAAACGCUCCAGCUCUAUUUCAACACGGACUCCUGGUCAGUGCUAGGAAGCUAGUCGGCGAUCUAGCUUCCCCUCCUCCUGUUUGUGAUCCACCUCAGUACCCGUCAGAACCCACCUCCGGAUCGAACAGUUCCCACGCUACCCCCACCCCCCCAACACACACACACACACACACGCAGGGCUGCGACCUGCUCUGGCUGCUAUUAACUAGCUCAAACUGGAACUUGGAGUCCAUUUAAAAAAAAAAAUAAAAUUUAAAAAAAAAAAAAA